CGCCGCCAUUUUUAGAAAUGUACAAAGCACGGCAGCGGUAGAACUUCGCAAGGGAGUUUUUGUUGAAGCUGGAAUCCUUUUUUUAGAAGUAAAGACUGUAAAAGGUAACAGCAUGUUUGCAACAUUAACACAGUAUUUGUCCAGUGGAUAGGAAGAUAGGACUACUACUGUGUUUUUUUUAAACAUGUCGAAAGAGCCGCACGAAUCGUUGGGACAAGUUGGACAUGUUGGAAACCAUGGAAACAUUGUCGAAGAUGUGGAGAAGGCGGUUUGCGAGGCCGUUGCUAGCCAGCAGAGGGUGUUAAAUUUGAGCCACAGGGGCAUAUCCAUACUUCCAGCAAGUGCCCAGAGGUUGACCCAUGUUCGGAGACUCUUGCUGAACAACAACAACCUCAUCAUGCCCCCGUCGGAGCUGGUGGCAUUGGAAAACCUGGAAGAGUUGAUUCUGGACGAGAACAAGUUGACGCUUUUGCCGUCCGGUUUCGGCCGUCUGACCAAUUUAACAUAUCUUAGUCUUAGCCAUAAUCAGUUAGGUUGCCUGCCGGCAGAAAUCGGCGACCUGCGGAACUUGCAACAGCUCUGGGUCGUGGGGACGCAGUUGGUAUCCCUACCGACCUCGAUUGGGUUGCUGGGCGCGUUGGAGAAACUCGGAGCUCGGGAUAAUGUUAUAACGUCCCUGCCCAACGAGUUCUGCCAACUCCGGCGAUUAAGAUGGUUGAGCCUAGCGAAGAACAAUCUCAGGGAUCUUCCCGCCCACUUUGGCCGGCUCGCGGAGCUGGCGUUCUGCGACCUGAGCGAGAACAAUUUCAGCGAGGUUUCGCAAUCUAUUACAGAACUGCCGAAACUCUCAUCGUUGAUUCUUCAAGGAAAUCAGAUCACCGAGCUCCCCGAUGAUCGCCUGCUAGGUUUGUCUCGGCUUACUAAACUGGACUUGAGGACAAAUCCCUUGAAAAACAGACCCAACCACUGGAAGGGUCUCGAUUUUAUCCUGCUCGGGUCUGUACCGACAAGUACAAGCAUAAAUGAGGGUGGAGCCAAUGCCAGCAGUGAAGAGGAGGAAGAAGAUGCAACAGACGGCGACGAUGAGGAAGAUUCUGAGGAACGGAACGGUGGACUUGACAAUGAGUCGAAGUCAGUGUGAUGCACACAGCCAUCGCUAGAGGAUGGGUGAGGGGGUCAGACAAGUCGACUGUUGAGACAAAUCGACUCGGGACAAGUCGACUGUUGAGACAACUCGACCGUUGAGACCACUCGACCGUAUGUGCGAUAAAUGGAAAGACAAGUCGACCGUUGAGACAAGUCGCCUCGCAUGAUUUUGGGCCUAGUUUUGGGGAUAGUACCGGGGAUUUUGACGGCGGCUGAUCGCCGUUUGGGAGUUAUGACACAUGACUUUGUUUUGUUGCAUAGAGCAGAGCUGAGCCGAUAUAGCGCAGCGUGAUUGUCCGUGCAUGCACAUUGUUCGUUUUUGCCGGGCCUGUGCGCGUGGCCGUACCGUGCACGUGCCGUGCACGUUAGCUGUCUCAACGGUCGAGUUGU